GACCGGAAGUCUGUGUCGACAGGACAGGUGAUUCUGCCUCGACGUGACUGUCUUCAUUCCUCCAGCAUGAGGUACGAGAUGCUGAUCGGAUUGUAGAGAACCAGCGAGCUGGGUCACAGUGGAACUGGGAGAACUGGGAGGAAAGGCCUCUUCCAGCUGGGCGGGGCUAUAGGUGGCGCUGUCCAGCUCUGUGGUUCUGAAACUGCAGCACAGGUUGUUACCGGUCAAACCUGCAGACUGCAUAUCCACACAGCGCCACCAUGUGGGGGAAAACAGUUCUGCUGCUCCUUCACAUCCUGGAAGCUACAGUGGCAUCUCCAUGCUGGCAGGGGGCAACUUUUCCAGAGGCGGUUGUGUCCCCAGCAGUGGAGAGCAGUAGGAUCAUGCGUGUGCCAGGUGUGGCCUCCCUGCAACACUGUGUGGCGGCGUGUUGCGACCUGCCUGGCUACGACCUAGCCUGGCUCUUUAAGGGGCGCUGCUACAUCCUGAGCUGCCAGGAGGGGGCGAACUGUCAGCCCCAGGUUAGGCCUGGGGCCGACUCAGUCGUGGCCUUCCUGCAGAGGGCGUCCCCGCAGUCCCUGCUGCUGCAGUCUCUGGUGAGAGGAGAGCCGUACAGCAGGCCCUGGGGGACCGACAGGGACUUGGAUCCACUGAAGGGCCUUGCCCUUUUUGAUGGGCCCCGCUCAGGCCAUUCAGACCCGGGGAUGGUGGAUGUGGAGUACUCAGAGGGUGACCCAGAGGUACGGGGCAGAGUCGGCUCAGAGGUGGAUCAAACCCAGGACACAUUCAACCAAUCACAGGAAGAGGGUCCUGAAGAAGUGGGGACAAAGAGCAACAUGACCCAAAUCAAAAUGCUGUCUGACAAAACAACGUAUCAUAAGGACGAGGACGGAACCAUGGCGCCAACUCAUCCUGCUGCUGCAGAGAAACCUACAGAAACGCAGAGAACUGCAGUCUUUCCAUCACUGACGCCUGCCACUGACUCCGCCCCAACAGAUCACAUGACCACACCCUCUGACAUCAUCAGCACCACAGUGAAUCCAGGCCCGGUAAAGUUCCAUCAGUCUUUAUCAGCUACCGUUGACCUUCUGAACCACGACGUGACCUCUGACCUCUCCACCUUUUCCUCAGCUGCUCUCCCUCCAACCACAAGAACACUGGUUGCUGCCACUGCAGCAGAACUCAAGGGGUCAAACCGUGCUCCAGUUGCUGUCGUGGGUCCGGACAGGAAGCUGGUUCUCCCUCUAAGUGGCCUGUUGCUCGACGGCAGCAGCAGCACCGACGACCGCGGCAUCAUCAGCUACAGCUGGGAGGUGGUGAGCGGUCCUUCUGGGCUACUGCUGCAGGAUUCUGAUCAAGCUGUUGCUAUGGUGACGGGUCUCAGAGGAGGGUGCUACACGUUCAAACUGACUGUUACUGACCAGGAGGGGGCGACAGACAGCGCAUUGCUGUCGGUGAGGAUUCAGGAAGCCAGGAGUCUUUCUCCGGUCGCUCACGCCAGCGGCAGCCACGUUCUGACUCUGCCCAACAACUCUCUGGUCCUAAAAGGCUCGGUGACCGACAGAGACCAGACCGAGGUCCGGUACCUGUGGAAAAGAGACAGCCAGAGUCCUGCUGCUGGGGAGGUUCUGUUUGGCUCAGAGACCCAGCCAUCCCUCUACCUGUCAGGUCUGGUUGAAGGGACCUACCUGUUCCAGCUGAGGGUGACAGAUGCUCAGGGCCGGUCCGGCUCAGCCACGGCCACUGUGGAGGUCCGACCAGAACCUGGAGGUGGCCAGCAGGUGGAGCUGGAGAUGCUGGUGUUGGUGUCUCAGGUGAGUGUGGCUCAGAGGGACACGGUGGUCCGACAGCUCGCCGCACUGAUUCAUGUCUUAGACAGAGACAUCCAGGUCCGAGCGCUGCAAGGAAGAACUCAACUCAGUACGGUGCUGCAGUUCUCCGUUCAGGGCCCCUCGGGGCCCCUCUCUGCCUCCAGCCUGGUGGUUCUGCUGAAGAAGCAGCUGCUGCAAGAAAAGAGUAACUUCUUGCUCUUCAAAGUUCUGAGAGUCGACACCGUCGCAUGUGAGCUGAGCUGUUCGGGGCGGGGCCAGUGUGAUCCAAUCACCAAGCAGUGUUCCUGUGACCCGUUCUGGACUGAGAACCUGAUCCGGCUUUACCUUGGUGAUGGAGAGAGUAACUGUGAGUGGAGAGUCCUGUACGUUAUCCUGAGCAGCUUCCUGAUGAUGGUCUUCAUCCUGUUGCUCAGCUGGACCUUCAUCUGCUGCAGCAGGAGGAGGAAGCAGACCAAAGGGAGGAAGAAAACCAGGUACACCAUCCUGGACGACAUGGACGAGCAGGAGCGGCUGGAGCUCCGACCCAGAUUCAGUCUGAAGCACCGCAGCACGGAACACAACUCCAGCCUCAUGAUGUCCGAGUCGGAGCUGGACAGCGACCAGGACUCAGUCUUCAGCCGCCCAGUCCGCAACAGGAACAGGAUCGGCUCCCAGGUCGCUCGGAAUGGAAACGCCUUCGGAUGAAGGGAGCUUCUGCAGACCUGGACAGGAUCUCAGAGGGAUGUCUAAGGUUGGGGAUGCAGAGAGGAACUUUGAGUGUCUCCUCUUGGAGGCUGCAGACAGAUUAUUCUUUACGACACAACGGCUUUAAAGUUUGGUUCCGAGGAAUCACAUGUUCCUUCCAGAAAAGCAAGAGGAUGAACUGAUCUCCAUCCAGAACUUUGUAACAUCUUAUCAGCCGGUUUUAUUCCCAGCUCAGAAAACCUGUUCAUCUGGGACGUCACUAACACGCCUGUAGGGGGCAGCACUGGCCAGCUUCCACAGCUGACAGGAAAGGCAUUUAGUUUAUCCUGGCUGGGAAUGAUCAGGUUCUGUCCCAAAGUCCAUGUCCAUCUGGGUCUGUUGGACUGCAGAGGCGGAUUGUUCCUUUAGUGUCGCUGUUCAUUUUAACAGCACCUACAGGUGCCACUUUUUAACAUGUGAAACCGACCCAGAUGAGAAUUCCACACAAAUAUUUAGCAUUCGGACCUCCUAAUGGUGAACACCAAAUUGCUGUAGGACAUUAACUCAUGUGAUGUGCUUUGCUUUGCUCUGGGAGUACAAACAGACACAGUGCUGAAGGACUUCCAGCAGAAUAACACGAUCCAGAAGAAACAUCCUGGAAAAAUGUGGACCUGUAGCUGGUUUAAAGAAACCAUGCAGAAAAUAAGUUGAACUGAGAUGUUCCACUGCUGCAGCUCCCAGAAGUCUGUCAGGUUUAACAUAGACUAACUGGUUACCAGUUAGUUAUUUAAAUGCAAACAGGCUAAUGUUCCUGUUUGAAUCCAGUUUGUUAUGCUGGUUUCUGCACCUGAGGUUCUUCUUCUGAAGUUUCAAGAAAACCUAAAUAAAAUAAAUGAUCCAGA